GGCCACGGCAGAGUGCAGCAGCAGGCGAUGCUUUACCAUCGCGACAUCGUGCCUGUCGCAUUGUCACAUGCCGUGGCAGCACGCGGCAGAACGGCGCGAUAGAGAGAGGGUAAGCUUUAUUGUCGCUCAGUGGAUUAAGGAGUUCUAUCGCCCCUAUCUAUGGUGCCGCGGCUCACGGCGGGACUGCACCUUCGACUUUGGAGACGUUUGGACACGCCGGCCACUGGCCUCGCCGCGCGAAAAAAAAAAAAAAAAAAGCACGAGACUGCGCGAGCGCGUUUUCGGCGGUGGAGUCACCGAAGUGCAAGUUCGCGACGAAGACGACGACGACGUCGAUCACGCGCAUGCCACCGGUUCUUUUCGCACAGGACGCAGGAAGCUUCUUCCGAAUCUCGAGCCUCGCAUCGGUUUUUUUGGCUGGACGGCGUCUCUGCCUACGGUGAGGAAGAAGUCACUAGGACAACUACAUGGCUCGUCCCUUGUUUUGCCUUCCGUCCAACGACUUUGCGCCCUCCAAUUUCCAAGAAUAUCAACGGGCUAAUGAGCUUGACGCGGCGAGGGAUUUGGCCAGAAUGGCUUACUUCGCCAAGCGCCGGCUGUCGUCGUUGGAGUGCUGUGAAAAGUGGUGCUCGCACUUUUUCGACCCGCGAGACUUCAAUGAGCAGCUCAUGAGUGCCGUGUGCAGCAAAGCUCCUUCACAGGAAAAAAAAGCGACUUCCAAACUCGAGAGCCUCUUGAACCACGUCCAGCGGCAGUUCCAGGCAAAACUUCCGGUAGUGCCAAGUGGACUGCAGCCACUGCACUCUGCCAUCGGCGGAGCUGGGCUGGCAAUACUUCUACGGUGCACCGGGACGCAGUCCACAGUGUGCCACCUAGAAGGGCACUUGGAGCAAAUCAACGACGUCAUCUGGUUGCUGGACUUCGAAAUGACCGAAGUCAUGCCAGGCAAGCAUGCCAUACGCAGAGUCGGAGAGUCCGAGUUUCUGAAGAUCUACGAGGACGAUGUGGUGUUCGCAUACGCGGCCCUGACCUUGCUGCUUCUCCUGCACACACACAGCUGCAUCGAGCGUUUUGAGGUCGUCGACAUGUUCGCUGCCGAGACUGGGUUUGACCGGAUGCUUUGCGCGAACAUCGGAGCGAGCGAUUCGCUAACCUGCUUUCGCAUGAGCCGAUGCGAGCUUAGCGAAUCUGCUUCACACAUGCUCGGGAAAGCUCUCGGUCAUUUGCUGUCGGCCAACCUUCGGGAGCUCUCGCUGGACUUGCUGGCGCUCUCUGGUGAGAAGGACGUGUGGAUGGAUCCGCUUGCAGAAGGCGUGGCCACAGCGCAGAAUCUUGCCAUGCUCAGGAUCACCGAUCUGUAUAUAAACAUGGACUACGGGAAGUCGAGGCUGGACACCGGGAGAGCACUGCUAGGAGCCCUGAAAGUCAACGCGGCCAUCGCCUGUCUCAGCGUAGACUGUAGUUUUGUCUCACUCGGACAUGGCCCUCGUUUCAAGGAAUGGCUGGCUCAGGCUUCGGCGCUGAAGGAGCUGAGCCUAUGCUGCAGCCAGUGCAGGCAUAGACACGAGGCGAGCCUCGUAUUCGAGUCACUGCCGGCGACCACUGGAAUCGCCCGCUUGGACUUCCAGGGUUUUGCUCUGCGUGCCACUGAUGCGGCGUCGCUCACCGAACUGCUCGCCGGCAGCGACCGCCUGGACGACGUGAGCUUCACCUUCGGCAAACGAGCUCACCGACAGAGCGACAAGUACAACGAGAGGAUGUUGCAGUACGAGGAAUCGGCCGGCACCUGGGUAGUGGAAGCUUUGGUGGUGGCCCUAAGCAGGACAACGUCCUUGCGACGGCUGGCAGUGAUGGGUGGCUUCUCGGCCAGAGAUACGCGGCGGCUCCUGCAAGCAGCCCACGACUGCGCCUCGCUCGAAGAGCUAACCUGCGAGUCAUUCACGUUCGGCAGAACGCAUUUCAACCGCGGGAAGGUGUUGUUGCCGCGGGCUGCCCACGUCGUGACAGUCAGAAGGUGCGAGCCUCGCGUAGAGCACAUGCAGCCCCUCGUGGACACGUGGAAGGAGCUGGUGGCCGAAAGAGCGCUGCGUCCGCUCGGCUUCUUGCACAGCAGCAGCGUCGACUUGUGCUUGGCGCUGACUGAGAACUGCGCAGACCGCGCGGUGGCGCUCUCGCUGGAUCUCCAGGGAGGCGUGACGCCUGAGCUCGCGCGACUCCUGGCUGCCUACCUGGCCUCGACACGAAGCCUGCGAAUGCUCAGCGUCACCAUGCCCUGCUGGGACCGCCUUGAACAUGCCAUUGUCGAGGGCCUCGUCCAGAACAGCAGCAUCGAGGAACUCCAUCUCGACAACUUCGCCUUGGACGACAGAGACACGGCCGCGUUGGGCCGCUGGUUGAGUGGCAACCGACGACUGCACACCCUGUCUAUUCGCUUGGAGGCCAGCAGGUACGGCACAAGGAUGGACCCUCCGGGAACCACAACGCUGCUUUUGACGCUGGCUGCAUCGCUGGAUGAGAACUACGCGCUCACGUGCAUCCAUGUGGAUAGCUAUUGGGCGCACAUGCCAGCAUGGUACUUCAUUGCCCGCACGAUCCGGAGGAACUCUGGCCUGCUGCACAACGCCGCUGCGUUUGUCCUUGGAAGCGAGCUGAGACGUGCAGCCAUUGCCUUUGAGCUCGUCCACUGGCACCCACUUCUAGCGGACAUUGUGCAGCGCACUGGUUCCCUGAGUCAAGAUGAGGCCAAGAAGAGAAUCAGGGAAAGUGUUCAACGAAUUUGCCACGAAUUCUGGCGUCUUGUCGGCAUCGUAAGGCAGGAGAAGGUGGUCGGCAACAAAUCAGAGACAAUAAGCAGCGCCCAGGACCUGAACGCCGAGCAGCUUCAGCUUGGUCAACUCGGCGACGAUGUGCUUCGGCGCAUACGCUCUUUCCUCAGGAUCGGCGACGUGGUGGAUACAAGAACGGAGGGCCCGGCCGAAACGUUGACCCCUGAAGAAAUAACGGCGGGCGUCGUCAAAGCAGCUGCGUCAUUUCUUUCUACGAGGAGCCAGAAAUAGUCCCACAAUCCAUUGCUCAGCUUGCGUCUCCAAUCCAACGUGGGUUACACGCGGAACAGCGUACUAGGGGAAAACAAGUGUCUCGUAUUGCCGGAAAGGGGGAAGCUCUUACUUGUUGAGCUUCUUUGUCGCCGACAGUUUUACUUGACAGAAAAUAA